AUGAUGGCGGAAGUAGUACACUACAAGCUCCAUCACAUAGUCAAUGAGCGCCAUGGCUUAUUCUCUCGCCGUGGAAUUGCCGAUAUGAUCUUCAACAACUUUGAACAUAUUGGUGAAAAUUUGGGAACUUUGAUAAGAGCAUUUAAAGCCUCCUUCUUGCCUUUCUUUGAUGAGAUGUCCUCAUAUUUGAUGCCUAUAUGGGGCAAGGACAAAACAACUGAAGAAAGAAGGAUUGUGAUAAGAAUGAAAAUACUAGUUUGUACAGAUAAGUAUUAUGAUACAUAUCUUCCUUUCCUUCUACAAGAUUGCAUCGAUGAGAAUCCAGAUGUCCACCAGGCAGCUGUAUAUGGGCUUGGAGUGUGAAGAGUCAGUGGCGAAUCUAGAAUAGAAUAACACGUGGUUCCUAAUUAAAUGAAGGCGGAAAAACCAAAGAGUCAACGC